GUUUUCUUAUACUAAGUAGCUCCCCGGAUUGACGGGGAAAUAAGCAGCAGCUUCUCUCCAUGAUGAUGAGACGAUCGGUUGCCAGCCUCCGGGCCCGACGAACGUGGAUCUGCACGCAAUGUCGAGCUGGUUAUGCCUCCGUCGCAACUAACGCCAUACCACGCAAUGCCGACAACAAGAAGACCAAUCUCCCCGACGGCCCUGCUAGAACGCGCUUUGCGCCGUCGCCCACUGGUUAUCUCCAUCUGGGAUCGCUGCGAACCGCACUGUUCAAUUAUCUGCUAGCCAAGCGCACUGGUGGCCAGUUCUUGCUGCGCAUCGAGGAUACCGACCAGAAACGAACAAUCCCGGGAGCCGAGCAGAGGCUUUACGAUGAUCUCCGAUGGGCUGGAUUACAUUGGGACGAAGGUCCGAUCGUGGGGGGUCCGUAUGGCCCGUAUAGACAGUCCGAACGAACCGAAAUCUACCGCAAGCACGUCGACGAAUUGAUCGAUAACGGCCACGCGUAUCGCUGCUUUUGCUCCGCCGAACGACUGGACGCGCACGCGAGACAUCGUAGCGAAGCUGGAUUGGCGCCGGGAUAUGACAGGAAAUGCGCCGGACUCUCUGCCGAGGAAUCCGCCGAAAGAGCAUCCAGGGGCCAAGAGCAUGUUGUUCGACUCAAGGUGAAGGUAGAAGGAUAUCCCAUGUACCACGAUUUCGUCUACGGCAAGACAGGACGGAAAUGGACGCCGAAUAAGCUUGACCUGAUUGACCGGAUAUAUGCCGAUCCUAUCCUGCUCAAGUCGGACGGGUACCCAACAUACCACCUGGCCAACGUGGUGGAUGAUCAUCUCAUGAAGAUCACGCAUGUCAUCCGUGGCACGGAAUGGAUGCCCUCGACCCCGUUGCACGUUGCUCUCUACGACGCCUUCAAGUGGACUCCCCCUCAAUUCGGGCAUGUUCCCCUGCUUGUCGAACCAUCCGGCCAAAAGCUCAGCAAGCGCAAUGCAGAUAUCGACCUUGCCUUCUUCAAGGACAGGCAGGGUGUCUUCCCCUCGACACUUUUGAACUUCGCCGCGCUUCUUGGCUGGUCCCACCUUCAGAAGUCCGACAUCUUCAACUUAGAAGAACUGGAACAAGUCUUCAACCUCAAAAUCACACGCGGUAACACCAUUGUCGCCUUUGAAAAGCUCUGGUUCCUCCAAAAAGCGCACGCGCAGCGCUUCGCCUCUACCCCAGAGAGCCCCGAAUUCCAAGAAAUGGUACAGAAAGUUACCACGGCGGCCGAAGCCAUCUACCCUGCCGACCAACUCUCCUCAAUCCUCAAUGGCCGCCCCCUAGCCUCCUACAUAACCGCUCUCCUCCAGUCCGACGCCAAAUCCUAUACCACAGCCGAACACUUCAUCGCCCGCAACCAAACCUUCUUCCACUCCACGAAAAACAUGAACCGUCCCAUGUAUACGCCAGCUUCCUCCCCAUCCUCCACCUACCCCCCAACCUCAACCGCCAUCCCCAUCUCCACGCUCCACACCGCCGCCACAGCCUUCUCUCUGGUCCCGUCCGCGCACUGGACCGUGGAGACCCAUCGCGCCAACAUCGCCGCCUACGACGGCUCCGCCGCCAUCCUCUCCGACAACACUGACCAUUUCGAGAACGAAGAGUCCCGCAAGUCAGCGGACAAGUUUUUCAAGAAGGAACUGUACCAUUACCUGCGCUGGGCGCUGUCAGCGGGGGCCCCGGGCCCCGGAAUCCCGGAGACGAUGGCGAUCCUCGGGCGAGACGAGACGGUGCGCCGGUUGCAGCACGCCAAGACGUUGACGUUGAAGUUGGCACCGAAUGGCGGGGUGAAGCGGUACAAGGGGCCACAGGAGUCGUCUGCUACUGCUGCUGCCGCCGCCGGACCGAAGGAUAGUUCGUGGAUGGGGUCACUUGCGCCGAAGAGUUCUUGAAGUAUGGAGCGCUCCUGGGAUCGUGAGAGAAGAUGAAAAGGGUGGAGUGUAUGGUUGGACGGAAGAAGAGCAGUGCGCCUGAGGUAUAUGCUGUUUGACCGGUUCGAGACGAUCUGUGACUGUACAUUAUGUGU